GGUCAACUCUCUCUCUUUAGUUUUUUUACUUUAAACAAUGAGCGAAGAACGACCAUCAGUGGAACCAGAGCAAAUCAAGCAAUUGCUACAAGCAAAGAAUAACAAACCACAACAUCAUACCAAGUAUGACUAUUAUAAGUCAGAAACCUUAGAAUCCGAGAUCAACGAAUUCGUAUCCUACUCUGAGGUCAGAAUAGAUCUUAAACAGUAUGAAGAAGAGUAUAACGAAACUUUUCCUUCUUGGAAGGAAAGUACUUUACAAGAAAAAAAGAGCAUAAUACAACAAGCAACAGACUACCUCGACCUUUUAGAAGAAGAUAAGCGCAUUUUUGCUGCGAAAUCUCUCGUGUAUAUCUCUUUAGGAAGCUACGGUGAAUUCAUGGGCGAACAACGGAAAUCAAAUCAUAUUACAAGUAUGGAAGAAAACAACCGACUAUUAUAUGAUGCUGAUAUUAUAAGUACAUUAAAAAAGACCUUGGACUAUGGAUGCAAUCAGCUAGAGAAACUAUCCAUUACGUGUCAAACAGAUCUAGUGGAAGCGUAUUGCAAAGAGAUUGAUAUUUACCUCACCAUCUUGUUUAUGAUAUUCGAGUUCAACAAAGACAGAUCAUUAGAAGAAUACCAAUUACCCGAGUUUCUUUUCGAUUUAGUCGUCAGAUUAAAAGAGCACUUUACAAAGACAUUUCCCUUAAAAAAGUUAAUGUCAACCCUUUUCAAGAUACUAUCAAUUACUCUGGGUGAAUUAAAUGGCUCUUAUGCAGAUAUAAAAUCCGAUAUUCGAACUGUUUGCGAUUUACCUAUUAUCACUGAUAAGGCAUCUACCGUCAAAUGUACUCCUGAAGAUCUAUACACAUUUUAUCACCAAUCUUGUGAGCGAUACCCUUCUUUUACACCCACCACACCACCAAAGAAAAUUGCCAAUCCUUUGACCGUUACUGCGUCGACCCAGUUAUCCAAAGCUAUGGGAAUUUACAAGGCCUCCAAACACAUUGAUUUGCCUUACCAGACUUUAUUUCCCUCUAAAAACCAACCUGCGCCACAUACCGUGAUGAACAAAACAAGACCAGUGGAAGUGACCAAUGUCUUGCCGUUCACAGCAGGUAGUAAUGAAAUGUCACCUAAAAGUCUUGUGGAGGCAAGCUCUGUAUGGAUGGAACAUUUGUAUAUUUCCGUAGCUAACUAUCAAAUUAUUCACGAACGAGAGAAUGCCAUUCAUCGAUGGCAAAAAUGGUCAAAAAAGGACGCUGAGUUUACGGAUGAGUGGAAGGCUUUGAUAUACGAUCAACUUGAAGGUGACAAACGUCAAAAGAUGAAUCGAAUCGAACAAUUGUAUACCUCUAUCGUACCCAACUUUCAAAGUAUUGUUGUGGUUCUGCUCAAACUCUUGCUAUCCACAGUUUCGAUCGGCAAGGAUAAAGAAGCGGAAAUUCUGGAAGAUAUCAAUAUUACCCGUAACAGAGAAACCAUCUCGAAAGCUGUUUCGGGUAUCUUGCUAUUGCUCUUGAAAUGGUUCAAGACGUCUCAUGUGUUAAAGUUUGAAUAUUUAUCGCAAAUACUGAUCGAUUCGGGCUGUAUGUUGCUGAUUUUAAAACUACUUGGACUGCAAGAAGUCGCCUUAUUAGCGUCAAAAAGAACUGAUGACGAUAGUCAAAGUUUCUUUGGAUAUGUUCAACGCGUCAACAAUGAUAUCACAAACAUAUUCGAGGAUGUGGAAGAUGAAGAAGAAGAAGAAACUUAUACAAACGAACGAAAUUUGUGCUGGUCCAUCAAUUUACUGAGAAUACUUCAAAUGCUGACAAAAAAAAAGACACAUCGUGUAUUGUUACUAGUACAAUAUAAAUCAUCAGCCAUCCUGAAGCGAUUAUUGAAGGUGGGCCAUCCUGUUAUGGACCUGUAUGUACUGAAGAAUCUUAAGAAUCAGAUUCCAUACAUGGGAAGAAAGUGGCGAUCAUCUAAUAUGAAGACAAUCUCCGCUAUUUAUGCUCGUUGCUUGACGAGCCUAAAUGAUGAUUGGCUCUCAAGUCCAGAAGGCAACAGUGAUAUGGAGGAGGGUGCGAUGAAGGAAGUCAACCUUCGUCUAAUUUCGAGAUUGUAUAACGGGCAGCGAUACUUGCCUGAUAUAUUACCCAAGAUGGAUGAGGUGUAUGGACCGGAUAGCACCUUGUUUUACCCGAACAAGAACACAACAAACAACAAUUAUGAACAACAACAACAGCAACAGCAACAACAAAAGCGACAUCUGCCCGAAUAUAAUUUAAAUGCGGUCAUAGUGGAUGAUGUAGAUUUGGAUCCAAACUUUAAAGAGGAUUAUCGAAACUGGUUGGAAAACACAAUUUACUCUACUACAGACGAUGAAGAUGAUGAUGAAUCAGAAAGUAAUCCUGAGCAUACGUGGAGCAUUGGUACUCCACUUCCUGAUAUAAUACCCACACCCAUAACAGCUGAUGAUUUGGCACGAGAAAUUAACAAAUUGUAUAUGGAGGAAUUACAGCGUGAAUUUAUCGAGAAACAGCAAAAGUUGGAGGUCAAAGAGGAUGAAACGGAUGGCUGGGAUAAACCUACUAUCGUUAAAAAUCCAUGGGGAGACAUUGAUUUUGAGAAUACGGGAGAGACUAAAACUAAAGAGGUACCGUUUGACGAUGAUGAUGAUGAUCCGGAUGAGAUUGAACCCGAAGUCGAUCCUUUACAAGGCAUUAAUUGGGGUAGUCUAACCGAAGAAGAACUCACACAGAGACUAAAUCUUGUUCAGGAAAAGACCGUACAAAGAUGGCUUAACGUCGAUAUGGAUGACCCUCGCUAUCUAAAAGUACUCAAUACGUUUGAAGGUGAAGUAUUAGAAGAUGAUGACGGUUGGCCAAUCUAACCACUAUCACAUGCCAAAUAAACCUUCUUUUUUUAUCUCCGCCUCGCAUAAAAAC